AUGGGCUCCAGAGCCAGCUGCUGCCAAGAAGAUAUCCCCGAGCCGCCCAAGGAGCUGGUCGAGGCGAGCCACGCUUGUGAAGAUCCGCCGGAAGGUGGUUCUUCGAAGCUUGAUGGCGGCAAAACCUUGUCUCUGGAUGCGGACAAAGAUGUUCCAGUGGAGGUGCAGGAACUUCCGCAGUCCGAGGCAGUCUUGAGCAAGUGGAGCCGCCUACGAGAGAUGCGCCAGCUUGAGGUUGAUGCGGAGAUCCUCCGUGGCAUCUCGUUACGCGCCUCCCUUCGGCGCGGUGGACGUCUUUGGCGUUGCUCUCCACUCGAUCUCGACGAACACGAACGAGGGCAGCUGUGGAGCAAGUCUCGAUAUGUUGAACACUUCGACGUCUUUCUAUCCCACACGUGGCAUACAGCAGGAGCGUGGAAGAUGCUUUCUUUGCUGCUGCAAGCCGGAUGGAAGUGGGUGAUUUUCCUCUAUGGCGUGAUGGUCGUAGUUGUGUGUCUGCUUCACUCAACAGACAGCUUGCCUCUGCCCUUCGACUUUACAGCGCAGUGCCCGAACUUUAAGGUGACGGUCCCAUAUUUCCCAUGGACGCUGCUCCUUACUUUCUUUUCCUCAAUCAUUGCGAUGCUGUCAGCUCCGUACUUGCCCGAGGGCUACGGCGUACCACUUGUAUGGGAUGGAGUCUGCUUCCUGGAUGCUGUGAGCAUACACCAGACCGAUGCUGCCCUCAUGGAGCGCGGGAUUUACGGGCUAGGCGGCUUUUUGAAGGUAUCCAAGGAGCUACGUGUGCUUUGGAGCCGCCCAUACCUUUCACGGCUGUGGUGUGUCUUCGAGCUGGCGGCUUACCGUCACGCGAACCCAUCAGGUCGGAUUACGCUGGCGCCACUCUUCGUCGAAAGGGCCAUGUUGAUCCUGUUCUUCGCCACCUACUUCGCCAGCUCGCUCUUCAUCAGCUUUGUGAUCCUGGGCGGCUUCCAGUCGCUGAACCCCCUGAUCUUCUGCAGCGUUUACUUCGUGGGCCUGUGUCCGUACCUCUUCGUGAUCCAUGUUCUGCGGUGUGGCAUCAGAGAGAAGCACCACCUCCUGACGGAAUUGCAAAGCUUCGAUUUGGACAAGGCCGAAACCCGUAGUGACUUUGACCGUGCUUUCGUCCAUUCGGCGAUCGAGGAGUGGUAUGGCAGCAAGGAGGCCUUUGUGAAUUACGUCCGCGGCCCCCUUCGCGAGGAGCUUCUGUCCACGAGGUGCACCAGCCUUCCUCUGUCCUACGCAUGGAUGACAAGUAUCGUUACUUUCACCACGGCCGUGGAUGACUUUACGGCGCUCCUGAAGGGUGGCGCAGAUGUGAAUUGCCUCUUCUCCACCCUCUUUGGCUUCGGAUUCGGCUUGCAGGUCUGCUGGUUUGUGACAACGAUCAGGGUGGUUUCGUAUCUCGUCGAACGCUAUGCUGAACCUUGGUGGUCCGGCUGGGCGGACCAUCUGCAGACUUUCGUGAUUUACAUGUUCACCUAUCUUUGGUUCAUGCUUGGAGGUGUCAUUGCGCAGCUCACUUGUCGCUCUGACCUGUCGUUGGCCAUCGUUUGGUUGAUCGUGUCUGCCAUCAUCAACGCCAAUGUUUCGGCUGGUUGGGGCUGGAGCUCCCGAGCACCCCCCGGCGCGGUCACCAACUUCAUGCGGGCUUUCCGUGUGGUGCUCACGCGCCCAAGCGUCCUGGUUCCCUGGGGCUACGAGUGGCACGAAGAGCCCUUUGACGACACUGGUGCGCGCGUCCUGCGAGAGAUUCGGCAGCAUUCUCCCCUAGACCGGUGGAAUGUUUGGCAGCAGGUCAUCGGCAGGCCAGAUCUCGUGGUUCAGCCUGGUGACCGCCUGAUCAAGACAGAUGGCCGUUGGGCAUACUAUGAGGAAGAGGUGUGUCUCUGCGACAGCGAGCAGGCGGCCCACCUGGCAGACGCAGAGAGACCUGGACUGCUCCGGCGCCUGGUGCUGGAGUUCAUGCGCCCCACAGCUCGCCCUGCCGCUCCAGUCAGGCCAAGACUGGAGGUGUGGGACACACAGUCGGCUCUGGUCAUAUCCUGGGAUCACCCCAGUGCCUUGGAACCUUACAAGCAGGUCUGGGGAUGGGCCAUUGCCCUCGUGGACAUGGACCACGAGAUUUGGCUCAUCGUGGAUGGCGUGACCUACACAGCGAGGUCUUUGUCGCUGGAGGGUGCAGACGUUGCCGUGGCUAAGCCAGACCUCUGCACCAUCUACGUGUCGGAAGGCCUCGCCUAUGGCCGGCCGUAUGCCGCCUGCAUUGCUGUGCUUACCGACCGCGGCUGGUCUGCCUUCUCUGACCUCUCUAGGUCUGUUAGCAUCUCCGCCUCAGCUAAAGUCAGCGAUGCGGUGCUGGGCCUGGACCCAGAAGAGGAUGAUUGGUCUCAGAGACCUCGCUUUGCUUGUCCGUCAAAGCUCGUCCCGGGCGCCUCUGUGCCUGUGACCCUGCGUCCCGGCCCGCGGGACUUGCUUUGCUCCGAGCGCUGGCUCAGGAGGGAGGUUUGCGUCGAUGGCCACGAGGGUCUUCAGGUAGAGACUGCGGAUACCUCCAUGAAGCUGCUGAUGGUAGACAAGGUAGUACCGGGUUCCGCGGUGGACGAGUGGAAUGCCAAGCAGGAGCCUUUUGAACUGCAUGGCUUCGAGAUGAGCUACGCUCUGCAGCCUGGGGAUGUCAUCAAGAGGGUGAACGGCUUCCAGGGAGCUCAGGUCAUGCUGUAUGAGUUGCGGCGAAAGCCGAAGAAGUUGAUAAUGACCGUCGACCGCCACUGCGGUGGCAACACGGUGUUCGAGCACACGCCUGAGGCGAAGAUCUUCGAGCUGCAUCGCUUAGACGCCGACGCCUCCCGUGACGUGGAGGAGUUCGACUGGCAUGUCCUAUACAGUCAAGCAGAGGGCACUCUCUGUGCCCGCAUGGUGGAGCGG